CCCCACCUGUCUCGCUGUGCGCGGCUGGUGCCCGAUGAGGACCUGUGCCCAGCGGCGAGAGCGAUGAAUGACAUUGGGGACUAUGUGGGCUCCAACCUGGAGAUAUCCUGGCUGCCCAACCUGGACGGCCUAAUGGAGGGCUACGCCCGCAACUUCCGGCCUGGCAUUGGAGGGCCUCCCGUGAACGUGGCACUGGCCCUGGAGGUGGCCAGCAUCGACCACAUCUCAGAGGCGAACAUGGAGUACACCAUGACCGUGUUCCUGCACCAGAGCUGGAGGGACAGCAGGCUGUCCUACAACCACACCAACGAGACCCUGGGGCUGGACAGCCGCUUCGUGGACAAGCUCUGGCUCCCUGACACUUUCAUCGUGAACGCCAAGUCGGCCUGGUUCCAUGACGUGACGGUGGAGAACAAGCUGAUCCGGCUGCAGCCUGACGGCAUCAUCCUGUACAGCAUUCGAAUCACCUCCACGGUGGCCUGUGACAUGGACCUGGCCAAGUACCCCAUGGAUGAGCAGGAGUGCAUGCUGGACCUAGAGAGCUAUGGUUACUCUUCUGAGGACAUCGUCUACUACUGGUCUGAGAACCAGGAGCAGAUCCAUGGGCUGGACAGGCUGCAGCUGGCCCAGUUCACCAUCACCAGCUACCGCUUCACCACGGAGCUGAUGAACUUCAAGUCAGCGGGCCAGUUCCCCAGGCUCAGCCUGCACUUCCACCUGCGGAGGAACCGGGGCGUCUACAUCAUCCAGUCCUACAUGCCCUCUGUACUGCUGGUCGCCAUGUCCUGGGUCUCCUUCUGGAUUAGUCAGGCAGCAGUGCCUGCCAGGGUGUCUCUAGGCAUCACCACCGUGCUGACGAUGACCACGCUGAUGGUCAGCGCCCGCUCCUCCCUCCCACGGGCCUCGGCCAUUAAGGCGCUGGACGUGUACUUCUGGAUCUGCUACGUCUUCGUGUUUGCGGCACUGGUGGAGUAUGCCUUUGCCCACUUCAAUGCUGACUACAGGAAGAAGCGCAAGGCAAUGAAGGCCACAGCCAUGAAGCCUCGGGCAGAGAUGGACGUGCGGAACGCCAUCGUCCUCUUCUCCCUCUCUGCUGCUGGGGUCACCCAGGAGCUGGCUGUCUCCCACCGCCAGUGUCGUGCCCCUGGGAACCUCAUGGGCUCCUACAGGUCGGUGGAGGUGGAGACGGGGGAGGUGAGGAAGGAGGGGGCCCCAGGGGCCCGCGGGGGCCUCCGAGGCCGGCUCAAGCCCAUUGACGCGGACACCAUCGAUAUCUACGCCCGAGCUGUAUUCCCCGCGGCUUUCGCAGCCGUCAACAUCAUCUACUGGGCGGCCUAUGCCUUGUGAGGUGGGGGGUGGUCCAGAUGUGGCCAGGGGGAGGAUGCACCUUGGGUCUGCUUCAAGGUCACGUGUGCCAGGAAGCCUGCACCUGAGCUUCACACCAGCCCUCCCUGCAAGAGUAGCCCGUGCCCCUGCAGACCCAGCAGCCUCCACGUUGGGUAGAGCUGCCAACCCAGCCAGGCAGGCACAGCUGUCCCUUGGAGCUGUGAAUUUUUAGACUCAGACCAUCCUGGUUUCCAGGCCUUUGCUUUGUGGGAUCAGAGAGCAGACAGUGGGGGUGCCGGCCUCUGUUGAGGGCCCUCGCGGGAGAACAGAUCUGCAGGCUCUUUGGUCUCUGCAUGAAAUAAAG